GCUGCUCUUCUUCAGGAGAGUUCGGUGGUGUUUCUUCACAGGAGCCUUGGUUUCUUUCCUUUUUUGGGAAAGCGUCAAUCCUCAUCUCAGUUUGGAUGUCUUCUCCUGGCUUCCAGUGCUGAUCCCUCAGCCCUAUGGCUCAUAUCCUUCAGCCUUUUGGCACAGACACUUGAGCUUCUGGCACUGUCCCUUGGGCAUUUCCAGCACAAAUCCUUCGGCCUCCCAUCUUGCAUCCUUCAGCCGCCUGAUUCUGACUUGCACAAGCCCUCAACUGGAUCCUCGGGUCUCUAGCAGCAGGCAGAGGUCUUGCACUCUUCUAUAACUACUGUAGUAAGCACUGAUUAAUACAGAGGUGCUACAAGGAAUGCAAAUGGGAAGAGAUAACAUUCCAAGCCUGUUUUGCCUCCUGUCAGUUUCCUUGAAAAUCUCUCUUUUCCACUCACCGCCACACCAACAAGUCCAGAUGGACAUGCAAAACUGGACCCUAUCUGCCUGGAAAACUGAAACCUACCUUGUUUGCAUCCUUGGUGCUAGACGGUGGGACUCUGGGGAGGCUGUUGUACAACAUCGGCAUUUAUUAAAAGCUUCUGUGUCAUCCCAGAGCUACAACCAGCAGGGACGAGACGUGGGAUGAGACUUCACAUGUAUCCAAGAGACAUCCUAAAGAAACAACAUCUCCCUUAGCUUCCUGUUAGAGCUUCUGUGUACCCACUUUGCAACAGAGCAAGGGCAGGAGCCCAGUGCUUCGUAAACGAGAGGUUCUGGUUCAGGAGCAACUCCUACCCUUCUCCACUGGGUGGUGUCUGAAUCUUAAGUAGAUCAGUCAUUCAGAGAACAGGCAUCAUGUGGACUCUGACUCCCAGUUUAACUGUGUCCUAUGAAGCCAAGGUUGCAUUUCUGUCCUUUUCAAUCCUCGAGUUUGCAGUGGGGAUCCUGACCAAUGCAUUCAUUUUCGUGGUGAAUUUUUGGGAUGUGGUAAAGAGGCAGCCACUGAGCAACUCUGACCUUGUGCUGUUGUGCCUCAGCUUCAUCCGGCUUUUCCUGCAUGGGCUGUUGUUUCUGGAUGCCAUCCAUCUCAUCUACUUCCAGAAGAUGAAAGAUCCACUGAGCCACAACUACCAAGCCAUCAUCAUGCUCUGGAUGAUUGCACAGCAAAUCAGCCUCUGGCUCACCACCUGCCUCAGCCUCCUCUACUGCGCCAAGAUUGUUCGCUUCUCUCACACCUUCCUGCUCUGUGUGGCAAGCUGGAUCUCGAGGAAGCUCUCCCACUUGCUCCUGGGUUCUAUUCUCCUCUCCUGCGUCUGCACUGUUGUUUGUUUGUGGGACUUUUUUAACAGAUCUCGCUUCACAUUCACAGCUAUGUUAUCCGGGAACAAUACAGAAUUCAAUGUACAGAUUACAAAGCUCAGUUUCUUUUAUUCAUUUCUCCUCUGCAAUGUAGGGUCUAUCCCCCCUUUCCUAUUGUUUCUGGUUUCUUCUGGACUGCUUAUUAUCUCCCUGGGAAGUCACAUGAGGACAAUGAGGGCCCAAACCAGAGACUCUCGGGACCCCAGCCUAGAAGCCCACAUCAAAGCCCUCAUAGUUCUGGUCUCUUUCCUCUGUUUCUCUGUGGUGUCCUUCUGUGCUGCUCUGGUAUCAGUGCCUUUGCUGCUGCUGUGGCAGAACAAGGUCGGGGUGAUGGUCUGUAUAGGGGUGAUGGCAGCCUGCCCUUCCGGACAUGCAGCCAUCCUGAUCUCAGGCAACACCAAGCUGAGGAGGGCAGAGGAGAUGAUUCUAAGCUGGGUUCACAGAGGCCUAAAGGUAAGAACGGACAGCAAGGCAGAUCCCAGGACUGCUACCGGACAUGAAAUGUGCUCUUCAUGAAUAUGUCUCUGAUUCCUCAGGAAUAUACCUGUGACUCUUUAUGAAGCUUUCUCAUCUCUACGAAACAUAACUAGAAGUCCCUCUGCUUUACAUCUAUGGACUCACACAAGAAUAAAGUCACUAUAGCUGCUAAGUGACAUAGGAAAGUAAACUAGCAUUGGUUUCUUGGUCGGCUUCUUUUAUUUAGUAAUACACAUUGAAGUUUUCACUGUAUCUUAUCAUGGCUUAAAGCUCAUUUCUUUUGGCGUUGCAUAAUAUCCCACUGUCUGAGUGUACCACACUUUAUUUAUCCAUUCCCUUCCCAGAGGGAAUUUUGUUGCUUCCAAGGAUUGGUAACUAUGAAUAAAGCUGCUGCAAAUAUUCAUGUGCAGAUUCUUCAGUGGAAAUGAAUUUUCAGCUCCUCUGGGUAAUUUCCAAGGAAAUCAAAUGCUCAGUUGUAUAGUAAAGUAUGUUUAAUUUUCGAAGAAACCAUCCAAUUGUCCUCCAAAGUGGGUGUACCAUUUUGCAUUCCCAACAUCAGCAAAUGAGAAAUCCUAUUGCUCCGCUUGCUUGCAAACUUUUAGUGCUCUCAGUGUUCUGGACUUUGGCCAUUCUAACAGGUGGGUAAUGGUAUCUUGUUUUACUCUGCAUUUCCCUAAAAACAUAUGGUGUGGAGCACCUUUUCAAUGAUUACUGGCAUGACUUUAUUUUAACAUUAUAUUUUUGAAACUCAUGCAUAAUAUUAUAUGAAUCACUAUUGGUACAAAAGUUGAGUCUAAAGUUUUGGAGCUAUUAUGAAUAAAGUUUAUAUAAACAUGCUUUUUGUGGACAUAGUUUGUAUUUCUCUUAGAUAAAUACCUAAGAGUGAAGUUACUGUGUCAUAAAGUUGAGGCAAAUUUAACAUUAUAAGAAAGUGCUAGAGUUUUCCAAAGUGAUCUUAACAUUUAGGUACUCAUCCACAAUGUAGGAAAGUUAUUCUCAUUCUCACUGACAGCAAUUUGGUGCUGCCAGUCUUUUUAAUUUUGGUCAUUUCCAUGGGAAUGAAAUGAUUUUAAUUUGCAUGUACCUGAUAAAUAAUGAUAUAGAGUACCUUUUCUUGUACUUCUGGGUCACUUAUACAGCUUAAACUGUAAAGAAGGUAUUUGCUUGCCCAUAUUUUUACACCAAGGUGUCUUUUUA